CAUGUGUUAAUCCAUUUUGAAAACUUCGUUCUUUUCCCUUCUCUAUCAGUCAAUUACAGCAUCUGGUCAUCUGGAAACAUCAUACACUGUUUGUUUAAAGCUGGUAACUUGUGGGUUUCUUCUUCAUUUCAUCAUUUUAUCCAAUUCCCAACUGUUUGGACAACCUCUAAUAUGAAAGAAAAACUAUAACAAUUUUCAAAAAAGGAUUUCAUCUUCUUAAAGAUUUCCUUUAAUCUUCGAGCAAGAAAUCAUGAAAUCUACAGCAGCCAUUUUCUGCAUAAUCUUGGUCAUUAUCCUUGUUCCUUUGUCUCAAUCUCUUCCCUUUAUUGUACUCCAUGGAAUUGGAGAUCAAUGCAAAAACCGUGGAAUGAAGCAGUUUACUAAGCUCUUGAGUGAGUGGUCAGAAUCAGAAGGAUAUUGUGUCGAAAUUGGUAAUGGAUCCUGGUUUUCCUGGUUUAAUCCUCUUGAGGAUCAGACACAAAUUGUUUGUGACAAGGUGAAGAAAAUGAAAGAAUUGAGUCAUGGUUACAACAUAGUUGGACUGUCCCAGGGCAACUUGAUUGGGCGAGGUGUUGUGGAAUUUUGUGAAGGAGGGCCACCGGUUAGGAACUUUGUCUCAUUGGGGGGGCCUCAUGCUGGCAUUGCUUCUGUUCCUCUUUGUGGUGCUGGUUUUUUCUGCGAGCUUGCAGACGUGCUUAUCAAAUCUGAGAUUUACUCGGAUUAUGUUCAGGCUCAUUUGGCUCCCAGUGGUUAUCUUAAAAUCCCAAAUAACAUGGAUGGCUACUUAGAAAAGUGUAGGUUUCUCCCAAAACUUAACAAUGAAAUUCCCGAGGAGAGAAAUUCAACUUACAAGGAACGUUUCAGCAGCCUAGAAAAUUUGGUGCUGAUUAUGUUUGAGCAUGACACGGUUUUGGUACCUAAAGAAACCUCUUGGUUUGGAUACUAUCCAGAUGGCGCUUUUAGCCCUUUGCUAGCACCUCAAGAGACAAAGCUUUACAUUGAAGAUUGGAUUGGUUUAAAAGCCCUUGAUGUUGCUGGUAGAGUUAAGUUUGUUAGUGUGGCUGGGAAUCAUCUUGGAAUCUCACACGAAGACAUGAAAAAACACAUUGUUCCCUACUUGAAGAGUCAAGACGAGAAGUUAAACAAUUAUAAUUUCAAGAUUGCGCGUGGAUUGCUGACUCUCAAUCAUGAGAGUUGAGGAUGAAGUAUGCAUCCAUAUACAGCUGUGGCCAUUGUUAAUCACUGAUUUCUGUAAAUUGCUGGUGGGGAUUUUGCAGGAUCAGUGAAUUCAUGUGAUUAUUAUAGACCACGGUCCUUGGUUCAUAAGUAUGACUCAAUUCCUUUACCAAUGGAUUGCAAUAUUCUGUGUAUAACUAUUGAAACUAUACAUAUCAUUUAACUCCUUUAGGCCAGAAAUUUCCUAAUCAGUUGUUAGCUAAGUCUCUUAAUACAUGAGAAAACUGAAUACUGUCUUCUUUUACGGAGUAAUCAACAAGAUAUAUACAGUAGUAAUUAUGUAUACAACGUAUUCCAUACUCAGUAUUAGCUAACCCUUUUUACUA